UCGGUGUUUCCAUUAACUAGUUCAUCAAUACUGUAGUUUCUUCAUUAAGUUAUACGUUUGAGAGCGAGUUUUAUGUGAGAUAAAAUAACGAUACAAUGUCUGAAAAUACAGAAACCACUCCUUUAAUUAGGCCAGCAGAUUAUAGGAUACAGCACAAUGAAGCUGAUAUGUCCACGAUUGUGGUCAACAAUGUGUCCGGAGAGUCUGGCCGCAAAUUGCCGCAGUUUAUUGCUGGUUUGGCAGCUUCUGGUGGUGCUCUUGCUGCUGGCACAUUUCUUGGAUGGACAAACCCGACCGAAGCUCCUUUAACAAAGGAGAACGAAUACGGAUUCCCAGUGUCUACCGAAACAUUUUCCUGGAUAGGAUCUAUUUCUAAUUUGGGUGCCGCGCUGAUGUGCUUCCCGAUUGGAUAUAUGAUGAAAAUAAUUGGAAGAAAAUGGUCCAUGUUGUCGAUGGUACUCCCUUUGGUUCUAGGCUGGCUGCUUAUUAUAUUUGCAGAGAAUGUAGCCAUGCUGUUAGUAGGACGUUUGUUUCUUGGUAUUGGGGGUGGUGCUUUUUGUGUAGCAGCUCCAACGUACACAGCAGAAAUAGCGCAGCCGUCCAUUCGUGGCACUCUUGGAACGUUCUUCCAGCUAAUGGUAACUGUAGGAAUUCUGUUCGUCUACGCUGUCGGUACUGGCGUAAAUGUGCAGGUUUUAAGUAUUAUUUGCGGUGUAAUACCUUUAGUAUUUGGAUCAAUAUUUUUCUUCAUGCCUGAAAGCCCUUACUAUUAUAUCGAGAAAGGUCAGUACAGCGAAGCCUCCAAGUCCUUAAAAUGGCUUCGAGGUUCGCACUACGACGAAAACGCUGAAAUGGAAGACAUGAAAGAAGAAGAUUCUAAGCUGAAAGCUGAAGCUAUUACAAUGCUGGACGCAUUUCGCCAAAAGGCGACUAUUAGGGCAUUGGUAAUUUCUCUGGGGCUUAUGUUUUUCCAGCAACUGUCGGGGAUCAAUGCGGUUAUUUUCUAUAACGCAGCAAUUUUCAAAAGUGCUAACGGUGAUGAAGAUAUGACCUCGGCUAGCGUCAUAGUAGGCGGAAUUCAAGUUGUUGCUACGUUGGUUGCGGCGAUUGUAGUAGAUAAAGUUGGUAGAAGAAUUCUACUGAUGGUUUCGGACUUCAUGAUGGCGGUCUCAACGAUACUCUUGGCUGUGUAUUUCCAGCUCAAGCAAGAUGAUCCAUCCAAAGUGGACGAUCUAAGCUGGCUGGCUGUACUGGCAGUAUGUAUGUUUAUUGCCAUGUUCUCUAUUGGCUUCGGCCCAGUGCCAUGGUUAAUGAUUGGUGAACUAUUCGCUAAUAAUGUAAAAGCGUUUGCUAGUCCAAUUGCAGGGGUCUUUAAUUGGUUGCUUGCGUUUCUUGUGACAAAAAUAUUCACUAAUCUUACCGAUGCUAUGGGCGAGGCAGGAGUUUUCUGGCUUUUCUCUGGACUUUCCCUUCUAGGUACCGUCUUUGUUUAUGUGAUAGUGCCGGAAACAAAAGGAAAAUCUUUAAAUGAAAUACAACGUGUAUUAGCUGGUGAGCAAUUGGAGACUAGUAAACAAAAAAUCGAGAGUCAAAUCGAUGAUAUAUCGGCGCCUGGAACAUGAGCUGAAAACAAAAUUGAGAGUGAACAGAAAAGCAGCAUAAGUCUAGUGAAUAACAAUUCUGAAAGGUUUUAUUAUAUGAGCUAAUAUAUAACGUACUGCUUUUUAGAAAUGAAAUAAACAAUUGUACAUAGCUCACGCAAAGUUGGAAAAAAUAGAGUUAUAUAAGAGUGUGAAUAAAAAUUCUGAAACGUGUUAUUAAUUUGAUUAUUAUAUAAUGCACUGCUUUUUAGAAAUUAAAUAA